AAAGAUGGCGGCAGAGUAUUGGCGAGAGCUGAUGAAGUCAUCACACGCCGCUGGUGACGUGGCCGGUACUCGCAAAGAUGGCGGCGCGCUGAAGUGCUUGUGUUUGCCGAGGAGCGUGUUAUUCUCGUCAGUCCGGCUCCCAGCCCUGUUUCUUUUCCUCUGCCAUUCGGGGAAUAUGGGGAAGACCAAGAACCAUCUGCCGGACAGAUGGACAGACUACACUCCGCUUGGAAAGCGCAUCCCAGGAACACGUUUUAUUGCUUUUAAAGUCCCUUUAAAAAAAAUUUUCAAUAGCAAGAUAGAGUCAUGGCAGAGAUUCUCAUCAGCCGACCUCAUCAGGGACGUCCAAGCCCAGAAAGAAGAACUAGGGCUGAUAAUUGAUUUAACAUGUACCACUCGAUACUACUCUCCAGAGGAGUUACCAGAAUCACUACAUUAUGCAAAGAUUUUCACAGUCGGGCAUGAAGUGCCUAGUGAUGAAACCAUCUUUCAGUUCAAAUGCAUUAUAAAUCGGUUCCUAAAAGAAAAUUCCAACAAUGAUAAAUUAAUUGGUGUUCACUGUACCCAUGGCUUAAACAGGACUGGUUACUUAGUGUGCAGGUACCUGAUUGAUGUGCUUGGCAUGGUGCCCUCAGAUGCCAUAGAAAAGUUCAAUCAGAGCCGCGGACACUGCAUAGAACGCAAAAAUUAUUUGGAUGACCUGAUGUGUGGAGAAAUGAGAAGAAAUGCUGAAACCGAUAAACCAUUGUUGCCUCUACCCAAAUACCAUCAGAAAAUCCCAAAUGUAAAUAAUCCUUCAGUGCCUCCAUGUCUAACCCCGCCUCAUCGACCAGAGCAGCCAUGGUUUUCUAGGUUUGGAAAUCCCAUGGACGCUCCUAGGAUACCAGAACCCAGGCCCAUAUAUUCACACCCACCCAGGCACAACAUGCCACGGCCAAUGUACAACGAUCCAGCCAUGGAUUACAACUGUCACAUGUAUCCCAGAGAAGCUGAUUGGCAGCAGUUUCAACAAUGGAAACCCCAUCCAUAUCAUUAUGGCUACCAACCACCAUCAAGAAAUCCCAAUGGCUACCAACCACCCUCAAGAAAGCCCAAUGGCUUCCAACCAUCAUCAAGAAAUACCAAUAACAACCAACCACCAUCAAGAUAUCCCGAUACACCCCAAGACUCUACUCCCUGGCAGUCUGCCAGCAAUGAUCCUUACAUAAGGCAUUCAGCAACAGGCACAAAUUAUCAGAAAAACUGACAAUUACACAUUUUUAAAGGGACUGUCUCCAACUGAUUACUUUUAGUCCUCUUUAUAUUAUUAUUAUAUCAUAUUAGGUUUUUUUAAAAUUUAUAGCUCAAAAUUAUUGCCAUUUUAAAAUAAUCACAAUUGAUCAGUCCGAUAAGUUCAACAGGGGAGCACACAGGUCCUUUAGAUGUUGGGCAACGUGACCCAAUGUGCUGCUCGUUUUGCCCCAUCAGUCAUUAUGUAUACAAAAAAAUGCAUUGCAAAAGUAUCGAGACAUUUGACCAAUUCGCUAAAUUACAAAACUGAAUUUUCCGUUGUUUUAUGGUGAAAAAAUGUAAAACCGGGAGCAUGCUGUUGGCUUAUGCUGUAGUGUAAUGUAGAGGCCCUAGGAACAACUGCUUCUGCUUCAACUUCUUCAAAGCUCUAGUUUAAGUAGACAAUUGAGUUGCACGCUGUUGGUGAGAUUUUGUCCAAGUUGAUGAGGUUAGACGAGUGACUCUUGUGCGCCUCGUGUUUCAGUUGGUGCCACAAAUACUGUAAAAGGGCCUAUGACUGGGCUAUUGUAGAGCAUUCAGAUACUUUUCAAUUUCGCAUCAUUCGUCUACUGAAAGCACAGCUUUCACCCCAACAGGUUAAUUUACAUUAUUUACUUUGUAUUUUGCAGCAUUCAUUCUUCCUUCUUUUCCAACAAAAGAUGCCCAGUCCCUUCCAAAUCAGACCAACAGGCUGAUGCUACCACCACUUUACUGCUGUGGCCCCAUAGUCUUGCUUUCAUCUGACUACCAAACCAAAUUUCACUUUUAUCUGGGUCACUGCCAUGCUUUUUGCCACUCAUUUAUUACUCCGGAAUGGCCUUUUUUGUGCCAGCCAUUAUUAAUGGUGAAGGCCAAGAUUAUGUUGGUUCCAGAAGUGACUCAAGAACAUAAAGGCAAAUGUCCUACAAAGGCCCAAGAUGUGAAUGCAACGGAGUAUCUGUGGUACAAAACGGAGGUGCCCAAACCUAGAAAAAACAUGCUUAGAAGAAUGGUCUAUAAAUACUCAUGAACAGUGUGCAUAGCUGCUACAUAUUGGCCCAAACUAAUGUAGUCAUAUGGCUGCAAAUGGAGAUAAGGAUAAAACGUGGCGGCUGAAUCCUUCUGCAAACAGCAUUUUUUAUUCUGGAAAGUUUUAAAUGCAUUCCAAUAAAUUCACAGGGGAAGCAUUUCAGUCUAGGAUUUAUGUAAUAAGACCAUUGGUCAAGGGUCUGAAUACUUGUGCACUGGUGUUUGUUAACUUUUAUAUUUCUUUGUAUAUAUUUUAGGAAGCCAUUGAUGCAAGGAUAGGCCGCCUCUCCCAGCAUUACCCUUGCUGCUGAGUUGAUUAGUUUCAAUUUACACCUGAAGGGCAUGUGAUUUCCUAUCCCUAAUUUAAUGGCGAGAUGAUAGAAAUGAUAAUGGAACCUGCUCCUUAGUUUUGAGAAGAUCUAGUACAGUAUGGCUACCAGAUUAACUGAAAAUUCCGGCACGUGUAGUAAAUACACUAAGCAGGGUUGCUUUAUAGCAGCUCUACUAGAUGGUUUCUCAGAAGUGUCCUGGAGGUUUUUAGAUGAUCUGGUAACUUGACAUAAAACUACAGUGGGCCUGUUGGUUCAAAGCUGCUUUGGUCAAUGUUUACUAAUAUGCUGCUCCGGGAUUUCUCAGGGAUUAGAAAUUCUUUAAAUAAAGUUUCCUCUCCCUCG